AUGUCAUCAAUCUUCGACUGCUAUUUUUCGAGCACGGUGUCCAAUGGCAUGAGCCCUGUGACUGUGCCUAGCAACCUCGCUAAGAGAUUGGUACUUAUUAUUGGUGAUGGGCUACGAGCCGACCUACUCUUCUCGUUGAAUCCCUUUGAUAACAUUCCUGGCUCACCGAGGAUCGUCGCGCCCUAUCUACGCAGUGUGAUGGAACAUAGUGGUGCAUUUGGGAUCUCACAUACUAGGGUGCCUACUUUGACUCGACCUGGCCAUGUUGCCAUCAUCGCUGGGAUGUACGAGGAUAUGUCUACGAUAAGCAAGGUCGAGUUUGACUCCAUUUUCAAUCAAUCUAGUACUACAUUUUCCUUGGGCUUCCCUGGCGUCCAGUCCAUGUUUUCUCGAAGGGCUGCUCCAGGUAAAAUCCGCGACUGGUGCUAUGAAGACGGAGAGCAAGAUUAUACCAAGGAUGCUUCAGCACUAGACUUUUGGGUCUUGGAGAAUUUGGAGAGAUUAUUUAAAAAUUCAACCGACGACCCCAUCCUCUCCAGCCAGCUCAACGCUGACAAGACCGUGUUCUUCCUGCGCCUGGGCGGUCUAGAUGUUACAGGGCACUCUUACCGACCUCACUCGAAAGAAUAUAUGAACAACAUCCAAGCUGUUGAUCGCAUCGUUGAGAGGAGUCAGAGCCUGUUCAAUGAAUAUUUUCAAGAUAGCCAGACGAGCUUCAUCUUCACUGCUGAUCACGGCAUGUCGGUGACUGGUGUUCACGGCGACGGACACCCAGAUAAUACACGGACUCCUCUCAUUGCAUGGGGCGCUGGAAUUCGUGGCCCGCUCCCUGAUUCAUCUCCUUCAUCUCACGAUGAAUACUCUCAACCUUGGGGAUUAAACCAUCUACUUAGGCGGGACAUCGAGCAAGCGGAUAUCACGGCAUUGAUGGCCACACUGCUAGGCCUACAGUGGCCAGCCCACUCGGUGGGUAUUCUACCUGAUGCUGAUUCCAGUCGCCCUGGAUACUUGGCUCUUAGCGCUGGGGAAGAGACGGUUGCUCGAGCCUCGCUCACCAAUGCUAAUGUAGGUUCGUCGACAUAUCUUGAGGAAUCUGAGUUGAUUGAAGAAUAG